AUGCCUAGGCGAAAGGCGAAAUACGAUGAAGAGGCUUGCAAGGACGCAGUUCACGGAUCUCGAAUUCCAAAGGAUUUGAGCGAGCCGUGUCAUCGACUGUGCACUAUUCGUGGCAUACGGCAUCAUUAUGGCUUUGCUAAACAGCUCCGUGGAAUCCCAGAAUUCACGCGCGCCUUGAAUGCCCGGGAUUUCAUGAGCGGUAUCAUACCAACCAUCUCGCAGCCUGACGAGAUACCUUACUGUAUUUGGUAUCCUGAAGUCCCGACAGGGGAGACCCUCCGAGCUCUGGUUCAACGAUACCCGGAUAUGCUCUAUCAUGCUGCUCGCGCGUGCGCUGUUGCAGGGUAUAUUGAUCUGUACAAAGAGCUCGACCCUCUUCCGGAGGUCCAUAUCGCAGAAGAGGCUGGCUACGCAAGCAUGCAGAAAGACAGCACCGGCAGUCGACACAUUUAUCAGCAUAUUCUCUCUCAGCCUGUGAAGUUCGAGAUCAUGAACGACUAUACACGUACGGUCGACGUUGCCGGGCGUCGAGCUGCAUUUCUCAAUGGGGAUACUGCUGUUUAUUCGAGUCUUACAGCCAGACGGAAGUACUAUAGCCCUAAAGGGUGGUUUUCUAUACGUUAUAGAAAGCCAUGGGACACUUACUGCUCAGAUCCCCAUUACUUCAAUAUCACCGAAGAUUGGGGAAUCGAUGACCAUGACUGCGAUGCCCCUGAGGCACCAGAGGAUUAUGUCCCACUGGUAUAUAGCCCACUCCCUGCAGAUCUUCCGCUCAUCAACAAGGACAAAUUAAUCCAUGUUGCAGCAUACAAUGGCGAUAUCGAUCGCUACGCAAGACUUCGGAGACCGCAGAUGCUCGAACAUGAAGGGCCCUGGCGCGCGAUCAAUGCCCGUCGUAUCAUGUCCAACGAUCUGUCUUGGCUCAGCCCGGAUAAUCCUGGGGCGGUAUACCCGGAUCUUAUUUGGUACCCAGAGCUCGCUCACAGUUCAACCUAUGAGAAGCUAGCUCAUAAGAGGCCAGGAAUGUUUGACAUGUGUCUACGGGCAUGCAUAGUAGCAAACAAGGACCAUACGUGGGAUAGCUUGCUGCGCGACGCGUUUGAUAUAUGCAAGUCCACUGGCGACGACGAGCCCAAAGAUCCCAAGCUAUGGUGGCUGUCCAAAUAUGCCGACCGCGGACUAUGGAAGGAAGCGGGUGCCUCAUCAAACAAACAUUAUCAAGACGAUAACUUAGCAGCUGUGCCUGACGCCGCUCAAAAAUUUCAACGUGGGUACGACUGGUGGAGGGACUACCACACCGCGGGUGAUCUUUACUUCCCAGAUCGGGACAUGCUUGUCCAGCUCUUUGACCCGGUUCAUGCGGGAUCCACUGAUGGUCCGUACGAUGGGAUGGGUUGCGGGAUUGGUGAUGUCGAUCUUGCACUAUUUCUGGGAGAUGCGAUUUCGAGGGAGACUUGGAAGAAAGAGAUAGAAGAUGAAGAAUAUUUGCUGGCCCAUCUUUACGAGAUCUGGGACUUGCUAGAUCUUGAAUUAAAUUCAUAG